AUGUCAUCUUUCAUUUUUUUUUAUUUCUCUUCCAUACUCACAUGCCUUCCCUUUUCGACUACAACUUCUUCAUCAUCUGUCUUUUUUUGUCCCUCCCCAACUCUUUCCUUAAUUCCUCUUAAUUUUUCAUCUCUACCUCUCCUUAGCCGACAUCUAAUCGACAGUCAAAAAUGGGAAACCACACAUAUCAGCAAUUUCCACAAAAUUUAUUUUUGUGUCAUAUGUUUGCUUCCUUCUUGUCUGUCAUUGAAAGUAUUUGGUAUUUAUUCUUUAUAUUUCUCCACCCCCUUUUCUUUCAUUUCCUCUUUUUUUUCUGUCCCUUAUAUUUUCUUUCCUAUUGCCGUCCUUUUUUCAUGUUCCCUAGUUAUCUUUAAUCUUCCUUCUUUUUCAUGUAGAUUCAUUGAUAUUUUUGUCGUCUGCCUUAUUUUCCGCCCACAUUUCCGCCUCUUUUCCCUCUCCUUUUCUUUCUACACUUUUUUCUUUCUUUCUUUUCCCCCUCUUGACCAUUUUUCUAUUCGGCUCAAUAUUCCUUUUUUCCCUUAUCUAUCAACUACUACUUUUCUCUCUCUGUCUCUCUCCCUCUUUCUCUCUCUCUCUCUCUCUUUCUAA